AGUGUAUCCAUAAACCAAACGCCUUUAUGUCUGAAAAAAUUGUUUCUACGUCUAUGUUUACCAACUUUUACAGCAAAUGAAAAAAUAAAAAACAACACUAAACGUUUUCCUCUAAAUUAUGAGGUUUUAUUUAACGUAAAAGAAAUCAGAAGAAUUUAUCAGGGAGUUCAAUCUUCAGUUCUCACUUUGAUGACUGUGCAACGUGACGAAGAGAGAACGUGUUCGAUUUUUCAAGUUUAAAAGAAAACAAUUCCGGUCUAUCUCCAACCAAACAUGCUUAUAUGUAUCUACUGUUGGUUUAUACAAGGGAUAAUCUUAUGAGAUUUGUUUAGGAUAACCUAAAUAGUACUUCAAUAAGCUCAUGAACGGAAGCGGUAUAUUUCUUGAUUUCAGCCACGGUACUGGUGAACUGAGCAAUAUUGUGUGGUUUAGGAAAACGAAAAAUAACAUGAUUUCCACGGAUUCGAACGUUACUGUAGAAUUGACAACACCAAGUGCUUCUGAUAAGAUUUCAUUAAUAGGAGAAGUGAACUCGACAGAUAAUUAUGACAAUAGAAACAUAACUUUCUUCAUGCUUACAAGUACAAUAGUCACUAAUACUUCAUCAACUGAAGUUGAAUCAUUUUAUAACCAAGACUUAUCUUCUGGAUACAAAUGGUUAAGCCUACUUCUUCUGGUUUUUGUUAUAUGCGGAGGACUGGGAAACGUGCUGGUGUGUCUCGCAAUAUGCCGAGAACGUCAACUCCAAAAUAUCACCAAUUAUUUCUUAUUGUCGCUCGCCGUGGCUGACCUGUUAGUCUGUAUAGUAGUGAUGCCUUUCGGAAUCGUGGAUGAGUUUUUUGGUUACUGGCCUUUUGGAUCGUUGGCUUGUAAUGUCUGGGUGACGUGUGACGUCCUCGGUUGUACUUCCUCCAUCAUCCACAUGUGUUUUAUCUCACUUGGCCGCUACUUGGGAAUUCGAAACCCUCUUAAAGCUCGCAGAAGCUCCAAAAAGAUGGUUACCAUGAAAAUUGCUGUCGUAUGGUUGGUUGCCAUGACAAUAACAAGUCCGAUUACGGUUCUAGGGAACAUUGACGCUAAAAACAUACAACCAACAAGUCACAUGUGUGCUAUAAAUAAUCGUUUUUUCUUUUUCUUCGGCUCGUUAUCUGCCUUCUACAUCCCCAUGUUUGUGAUGGUGACAUCUUAUAUUCUGACAGUUCGUCUAUUACGACAAAAGGCCAAAUUUUGUGCAGAAAAGACCAGUCGAAGAGUACCCUUCACAAGACGGUCCCGGAAGCAAUCCUUGCAACAAAACUCCAAUAAUUCCCUUGGUGUGAACAUGGAGGAGAAAAUCCACAAGUGCGACAAAUGUGACGCUAACCAACAUCACACUAAAAGCAGUGAAACCUCAUUCUUCGAUGAUCCUUGUACAAAUACACAAAUUAAUAAUUUCGAUUGUGAUCGUUCUUUAAGAAAAGAACCUCACAUAAAGUUUAAAGUAAUAGGGGGUAUGAUCUGUGCUCUAGGUACCAGUUCUCAUGUGAUGAAUGAACAAAAGGCGACCAAAGUUCUUGGAAUUGUUUUCUUCUGCUUCACAAUUUGCUGGACACCCUUCUUCAUGAUUAAUAUCCUGUUUCCGAUUGUGGGGCCAUCAACAUUUCCAGACUACCUCAUAACAACUUUCUUGUGGCUGGGCUAUGUUUCAUCCACAAUCAAUCCCAUUAUUUAUACCAUCUUCAACAAAACAUUCAGAAGAGCCUUUUCCAGACUCUUGUCGUGCUCGUGUUGUUCAAGCAGAAUUAAGUCUCCGACCAUCAACGAGAUGGCCUCAUUGCCGGAAAAAUCAAAACCUUUUGUUGUCAAAUGUCACUAGCCCCUUCCCAAUCAAAACCUUUUGUUGUUAAAUAUGACUAGCCCCUUCCCAAUCAAAACCUUUUGUUGUUAAAUGUCACUAUUCCCUUCCCAAUCAAAAUCUUUUGUUGUUAAAUAUGACUAGCCCCUUUCCAAUCAAAACCGUUUGUUGUUGAAUAUGACUAGCCCCUUCCCAAUCAAAACAUUUUGUUGUUAAAUGUCACUAUUCCCUUCCCAAUCAAAACCGUUUGUUGUUGAAUAUGACUAGCCUCUUCUCAAUCAAAACCUUUUGUUGUUAAAUGUCACUAGCCCCUUCCCAAUCAAAACCUUUUGUUGUUAAAUAUGACUAGCCCCUUCCCAAUCAAAACAUUUUGUUGUUAAAUAUGACUAGCCCCUUCCGAAUCAAAAACCGUUUGUUGUUAAAUGUCACUACUCCCUUCCCAAUCAAAACCUUUUGUUGUUAAAUGUCACUACUCCCUUCCCAAUUAAAACCUUUUGUUGUUAAAUAUGACUAGCCCCUUCCCAAUCAAAACCUUUUGUUGUCAAAUGUCACUAGCCCCUUCCAAAUCGCUCAGAAUCAUAAUGUUCAAUGUGACAAAAAACUAUUUGCAUUUCCCAGUUACAUUGAGCAAAAUAUUGAUAGAAUGUUCCUCACAGCUCAAUAACUCAAUUUAUUUUCCUUUUCCUAAUAAAAAAAACUUAACUUGUUGAGUACUCAUCUUCCAGUCACACAAAUCAAAGUGUUCAGCUUGAUCGGAACUUUUUCAUUUCGUCUAAUCAGAGAACUACAAUGUCAAAUGUUAGAAAAGUGAUCUUUCUCUCUCAGUUCCAUAAAACCAAUGUCAAUGUCAAAUAAAGUUUGUCUUCCCAUAAUCCUAUAAAAUAAAUAUGUUGAUGUUGACAAAAAUCAUCUUAAUCAAAAGGAUAUAAUGAGUUCUACAGGGACAGAUAAAAACUCACCUCAUAAUAUCACACCAUCUGUGUAUUGAC